UGGACGGGCCUUUGAUCGAGUCGCAUUGCUGCGGCGGUGGUGCCAAAAUGACGACAAUUCGGCUUUGCUUUCUUUUUGCAGCGAUCGUAAUCUGUGCAGGUGCUUCGGAAAGUCAGCUGCCCUGCGAUUUGCGAGAAACAAGUCAUGGAAGCGUGUGCGUUUGCAACAGCACCUACUGCGAUUACCUCGAACAACCCGAGCUCACUGAUAGCUCCCAGAUUGUGCUGAUUAGCUCCAGCAAGGAUGGCUUACGCUUCAAGAAGACAACGGGUGAUCUUUCCGAUAAUAAACCUAUAACAGUGGAAGACAAACAGUUUACUGAUGAGAACUUCAAGGCAGAGGCGAUUGUGGUAGAUCAGCACAGAGCCUGGUUGCAGUUGGCCAAUAUUCCCCAACGCCUGUUUAUCAAUGCGAGCACUAGAACCGUGCGGAUUUCCGUGAAACGAGAGCAACAAUAUCAGAAUGUCAGCGUUUUUGGUGGAGCCUUUACAGGAACAGUGUCCCAUUUACUCAAGCAAUUGCCAGCAGAGCUGCAGGAUCAUGUUUAUAAAUCGUAUUUCCAUCAAGAUGGCAUUGCGUACAACACCGUUCGCAUGUCCAUUGGUGGUUCUGACUUCGAUUUGGAACCCUGGGCCUAUAAUGAGUGGCCUCGCAAUGAUCCAAAAUUAAGUAACUUCACAGCCCUCGAUCCAAGGGAUCUGCAGAAAAUCGAGCAACUGAAAAGGCUAAAGACCGUGUCUCAACUGGACGAACUGAAGAUCAUGGGCGCCGCCUGGAGUGCCCCACGCUGGAUGAAGACCAACGAUCGCUGGACAGGAUUCGGGCAGCUGAAAUCGGAAUAUUACCAGACCUGGGCUCUCUACCACCUCAAAUUUCUCGAACUCAUGCGGUCUAAAAAUAUGCCGAUUUGGGCCAUAUCCACCGGCAAUGAGCCGCUAAACGGCGUCAUCGGCUUCUUCUUUGUGCACUUCAUGAGCAUGGGCUGGACGCCCUGGCAGCAGGCUAUUUGGCUGAGCGACAAUCUGGGACCGACCAUCAGGAACUCGGCGCAGAGCAAGGUGCUCAUCUUCGGCAAUGACGACCAGCGCUACACGUAUCCCUCGUGGUUCAGAAAGAUGCGCUCCUCCCGCAACAAUUCGCUGUCCUAUUUGGAUGGCCUGUCCGUCCACUGGUACUGGGAUGAGUUGAUUGGCCCGCAGCUCAUCGACCAGGCGCACUCGGAAAUGCCGAACAAGAUGCUUUUGAACACGGAGUCCUGCCUGGGGGACAAGCCCUGGCAGACCCACGGACCGGAGCUGGGCAGUUGGCAGCGUGGUGAGAGCUACAUGCGGGCCUACACCCAGGACCUGCAGCACAACUUCAACGGCUGGCUGGACUGGAACCUAGUGCUGGACGAACAGGGCGGCCCCAACUACGUGAAUAACUUCGUCGACGCUCCGGUCAUCGUGAAUGCCACCAGUCGCAGUGAGCUCUAUAAACAGCCCCUCUUCUAUGCCAUAGGGCACUUCUCCAAGUUCCUCCCGCCCCAAUCGGUGCGCAUCGAGACGCGAAUCGAGGACCAGGGCAAUUCCUUCACCCAACUGAGUGUUGUGGGCUUCCAGCGACCCGACGGCACUCUGGCGUUGAUCAUCUACAAUGGCCAGAACCUGCCGGUGAAUGUGGCCCUCGCCGAUAGCCAGCGUGGAGCGAUCAACCUUCGCCUGCCGCCGCGCUCCUGGCACACGGUGCUCUACAUGUGAGCCAUGGAAUUCACGUUCCCGUUCCCGGAACCCAACUAUAUAGUAAUUUAAAUAAAGCUAGGAGUGGGGCAAAGAGUCCAGCUGCCGCUGCCGCUGCCCAGAGGACCAAUUGAGACUCAAGUGACAAGAGCGCAGGCAGGGAAGCCAAUAAAUUGCCCUCAACAGGAUGAGCAGGAUAAUGGGUGUAGAUUUGUGUGUGUGUAAGGAUGUAACGCGGAGACAGCGGAAAUUUGUUUAAGCGGCUCAAUUUGCCGUAACGCGUCUGUUUACAAUGAAAUUUCAUUUGCCGUUUAAUUUUGUUGUUCGGGGGGCCGGGCAACGGCAAAGUACAAACGACAUGCAUGUUCUCUACUAUAUAGGAACAUAUCUCGGAUCAAGAUGAGUGACAACUGGCAGUCGAGCGACAACGACGGCCAACCGACAAAAAUGCCUCUUGCUCGAAUAUUAUCUUUGGGCUAGCGCUGGCAGGGUCUCAUCUAUUUGUUCAAUAUGCUCUAUAAAUAUGAUUGUCAAUUGAGCGCCAAGCAAAUGCAUUUUCCCCAUUUCCCCGCUUUCCCGCUUUUCCCGCUCUCCCUUGCACUUGGCGCACAAAAUGGGGCGUUUUAUGUAAGUCUAUAAAUUAAAACAUGAAACGUUUAUAAACCCAUAUGACUGUUGGUUGUGGCAGCGUCAACUGCAGCGAUGCGCUUCAUUUUGUUUUUUAUUUUAUAGAAAAAUUUGGUUAUAUUAUAAACUUAAACUCUUUAAUAAUGUUUUUGUUCGUUUUGUUCACAACAUAAAUAUGAAUGAAUGUAGCUUUAUUGGUGCACAUAAAAUUUAGAAAUAUAUUUUUUGACUUUGGAAAAUUUGUAAGUCUUUAAAGCAAGAUUUCAAACAAAUUCUUAAAUAACACGAA